AGAAUGAAGUCGGUGGUGAGAAAGAGCAACAAAGAAAACACUAAACCAGUAUGUGGUCCAAAAAAACAAGUCAUCAGCAGUAUUGUAUCAAAACAAAAAGGAAUAUAUAAAUCUGCACCCCUUCAGUCAAAGAAUGAUCUUAAGGAGGAUAUCUCUGGAACAAGAGAGGAGGAAAAGGUUGUUCGACCGAAGGCCAAAACUAAUGCUGAUCCUACCAAGCGUAACACACUAAGCCAGGCCUUCCGUACACAGCAGACUGUAAGACAAAAGAAGCUUGUGGAAGAAGUUCAUAAACCUCCCUCUACUGUCUCUGCCAUCCAGAAAUCCAAACCUGGCAUAUAUAAGGGUCGUGUAGUACAGUCUAAAAUCGACUGUUUCAGAAAAACCAGGGCUGAUGUGAAGACCCCAGGAAAGAAAGGGAUUUCAAAACCGGAUGUGACAAGACCCAAACCCGAAUGUCCUAAAGUUCGGUCCAAGUCUGUGUCUUCCCUGUCAGCAUCCACUAAACCAAGAGUAAACCCCGCUGUGUCAUCUAGACCGAAAUCUGUCUCUGAUAUCCAGCUGAAUGCCACUGAAAAACCCGUCCAUAAGUCUGUUUCCCAUAAACGGAUACCUCAAAAGUUCCCAGGUACUGUCUCUAAAGCAGGUUUUUCGGCUCCUCCCAGGUCAGCCCCUCUAGCUACAGGGCGUUCGGCCAUCAGAAAACCCAGUGCUUUAAAGAAGAAAGAGAUGACUGUGCAGGUGGAGAAACCCAAAACAGCCACCACUGAACAGAAAGUCCGCAGGCCUGUCACAAGUACAGUCAGCCAGUACAAACUACAAACAGAGACGGCUGAAGAGAGAAGAACAAAGCUUGCAGAGUGGCUGGCAUCUAAAGGAAAAGCUCUGAAGAGGCCUCCAAUAUCAGAAAAGUCGACAACCUUUUCAGUAAAACCAAAACCAGCUCCACAGCCUAAAACAGGACCCAAAACCACAGUUGGUUCCCAAUCUGAGAAUGUCGUCCAGACUGAGCCUGUAAAACCAACCGCUGCAUUGAAGCCUGACAACCAAACUAAUGAUACCGAAGUCCCUGACAAUAAAACAGUGUGCUCUAGGAGAUCAAGCACUAUUAUGAAUAGGGUUCUUUUCUUUGUGAAACCCACAGACAGAUGUUCACUGAUGUAGACAAACAUAAAAACGUAUUCGUUGGUGUUGAACUUGUGUGAUAAACUGGAGGCAAUGGAGACGCCCUCAUCAUGUGAAGAUGGUGUACAUUUUGACAAAUCUGAUGUGGUGGCAGAGAAAAGAAUGGAAGUGCACAUGGAGGAACAGGAAACAGAUAAAGUGUUUGAAAUUCUGGAAGAGGAGAAACUGGGAGAUGAAGAAGACACAGAGAGCGACAUUACAGAAGACACUAAGAAGGCUGUCAUAAAGAAUGAGGAUGAUGUUCAGGAACCUAAGGAGAAGAAGCCAUUAACGAGUGAAGAUGAUGACAGUAAUGAGAAGAUGAAGAGCACCACUCCAGAGAUGGCAGGGUCAUCCAUUGUGAAAUACAAUGUGAAAACAACUCCAUAUCUGCAAAGUGUGAAAAAGAUAAUUGAAUGUGAAAUGGCACCAGGCAGUGGCUCGCGACGCAAAAGCACCAUCAAAGACCUCAAGUUUCUGACGCCUGUGCGGCGAUCAACAAGAAUCCAACGUAAGUCCUCUCGUCUGCCAGGUAUGCUGAAUGACCAUGAUACAUGCGUCUCCUCACUGGCUGAGCUGGUGCAGAGUGAAGAUGCAGAUGCAAAUGCUUACAUCUACAGAAAAAACCCAGCACUACUGGAAGACCUGCCAGAUCAGCCUGAAGACUUUGCAAAAGUAUUCAGUUAAGCAUUAUAAGCUGAAGUUGAUGUCACUUUCAAGUUGGACAUUUAUAGCAUACGAAACACCUACAUUUUAAGUAUUCUAUGUGAUACUAUUAAUUAAUUGUUUAUUUUAUAUAUUUAAGUGUUUUUUUUUACAUUGGGCUGCUGAAUAGAGUAAUCUCUUAACUGCAAUGGCUUAACAGCUUAAAGACAAUAAUUUGAUUUAUAGGCAGUAUUAUAAAAAGUUCUCUUCUAUGCUAACAAGGCUCAUGCAGUGCGAGAUAUAUGAACAUAUAAUACAUGCAGAUAUAUAAAGAGCUUUCUGUUUUCUGUAACAUUUUAACACAGCACUGCUUUGUUCAUUUUCAGAACCUGGUAGUUGAAAAAAAUGACAUGUCUGUAACAAGUAUGAUUUGUUUUGUUGUUGUUUGUUUAUUUGUUUUGAAAAAUGAACAAACCAAAGAAUAUGUUGCAUUUAACUGUAAUUUCUCUUGAAGAUUUUUAAGAUGCUGUCAAAUUUUCUAAACAUACAGUAAAGUCAUUUGUUUAAUUAGCUAGACUUGUAAUUUCUACAGAGGAUUUCAUUCAUCCCUUAAUAGUGACCAUGUCUUUUUAAAGGCAAGAUGAACAUUCACUGUAUUUUAACCAUAAUUGUGAUCACUGAACCAGUGACUGUAAGACAUUUUAAUAAAGAAUAUAUCAGUGAACUGCAA